AUGUCGCUGCCAUUCCGAAAGGAGUUAGAAAAAUAUAAGAAUAUCAAUGAAGAUGAAAUUCUCAGCAAACUAUCGGAGGAAGAGCUGAAACAAUUGGAACAUGUUCUUGAUGACCUUGACCCUGAGAAUGCACUUCUGCCGGCGGGCUUCCGACAAAAAGACCAGACCAGUAAAGCUGCCACAGGCCCUUUCGACAGAGAUCGACUCCUUUCAUACUUGGAGAAGCAAGCACUGGAACACAAAGACAGGGAAGACUUUGUGCCUUUUACAGGGGAGAAGAAAGGAAAAAUAUUUAUCCCUAAAGAAAAGCCCAUAGAAACCCACACCGAGGAGAAGGUAACCCUGGAGCCAGAAUUAGAAGAAGCCCUGGCCGGUGCCUCUGAUACUGAACUCUAUGACCUUGCAGCUGUUCUUGGGGUGCACAACAUGGUCAACAACCCACAGUUUGAUGAAGAAGGAACCAGCAGCAAAGAUGGAAAAGGAAGUGACAUGGAGGUAGAUGUGGUCAAAGGUGAAAAGGUCAAGCCAAUUUUCGAGGAGCCACCGAAUCCAACUAAUGUGGAAGCAAGUUUGCAAAGGAUGAAAGCAAAUGACUCUAGCCUCCUUGAAGUCAAUCUGAACAACAUAAAGAACAUCCCAAUUCCGACGCUGAAAGAAUUUGCCAAGGCUUUGGAAACCAACACCCACGUGAAGAAGUUCAGCCUCGCAGCCACUCGAAGCAAUGACCCUGUUGCUGUUGCUUUUGCAGAUAUGUUAAAAGUGAACAAGACACUGAAGAGUCUAAAUAUAGAAUCCAAUUUCAUCACUGGGGCUGGCAUUCUGGCACUGAUUGAUGCACUAAAAGAGAAUGAAACCCUGACAGAGAUCAAAAUUGACAACCAGAGGCAGCAGCUGGGGACAGCUGUAGAGAUGGAGAUUGCCCAGAUGCUUGAGGAGAACUCCAAGAUUCUCAAAUUUGGAUACCAGUUCACAAAGCAAGGUCCAAGAACCAGGGUAGCUGCAGCUAUUACUAAAAAUAACGAUCUAGUUCGUAAAAAGCGAGUGGAAGCAGACCGGCAGUAG